AUGGCGGGCUCGUUUCAGUCGCCGCCGUUCCCUUCGGUGGGGUUCGACUUUGCCUCGUCAGCGCCGGAUCUCGCGUUUCCAUCUGCCUCGUUCUCUGCGCCGUCGCUGCUCGACGCGUCUUCCCAGCCCUUUCCCUCGGCCUCGACGACGACGGUAGACCUUGCUGCCUCCUCGCCUGUCUACGCGUCUGGGGGCGGCGCGCCAGAGCUCUCUUCCUCCUUCCUCCCUUCUUCGCUGGCCGCUGGACCGGGGCUUGGGGGCGCGGCCGAGCUGAUGAGCUCCGCGGCGGGGCUGUCGCCGGCGUGCUUCUCUUCGGCAGCCUCCGCGGCGGCAGACGCCGCGCUGGCUGGGCUCCCGCCGUUUCCGUCCGCCGCCUCGCCCUCUGCGGCGGCGGCGCCGCUCCAGCGCCUCACGCUCUCGCCGCAGGAGGUUGACGCGUACAUGCAGUUCUGGCGGGCAGCCGGCGGCCUGAGCCCGGACUCGGCUGCCUCCGUGCUCGAGGGCCCCGCCGCCGCGGCCUUCCUCGAGAGCUCGGGACUGGACCGGAGUCUGCUCCACGAGGUCUGGCGCCUCGCCGACGUCAAGAACGCCGGAAACCUCGACGUCGAGAGCUUCGCCUGCGCCUGCCGCCUCGUCGCGCACGCGCAGAACGGCUUUCCGGUCUCCGCGGAGGCCAUUGCCCUCGAGCCCGCGGCUCUGCCUCAGUUCGCGAAGGCCUCUUUCGCCGCCGCAGCGUCGAGCGGGGCCGAAGACCCCAGCGCGGGCGGCCUGCCCUCGUCCCUCUUCGAUCUCGCUCAGAGCGCCGCGCUCGCGGGCGCGUUCUCGAGCCCAACGAGCGGCGACGGGGGGACCGCUGGGCUCUACGCCGCGACGCCGGAAGAGCUGCAUAGAUACGCGCAGGUCUUCGCCGACACAGACACGAAUCAGGACAGCUUCAUCGAAGGCGAGGAGGCGCGCACGGCCUUCCAGGCCUCCGGCGCCCUCCUUCUCGGCGACGUCACCGGCUUCCUCAGCUCCUCGGGGGGGACGCUCUCCAGCGGCCCUGGCCCCGCGCCGCCUGCGGUUGGAGGCCCCGGCCUCUCUCCGAGCCGCGAGCGCGCGGCGGCGAGCCCGAGCCCGAGCCCGAGCCCGCUGGAGGGGACCGGCGCCGGCGACGCCGGCUGGGGCUCCUUCGGCUUCGACGCGCAGACGAGCUUCGAGAAGGACAGCGACCCGCUGGGGCCGGCGAACGCGUUUCCGCUUCCCGAUGAAGACGAGGCGCCUCUGGAGAAGAAGGAGAAGAAAAAGUCCUCGGCGAGCUCGCGGCGGAGCUCGAGAAGCCGCGCAAAGGACAGCGGAGACGACGAGGAUAGGGAGGAGCGCAGCGCGCGCGGGUUCGGCGCCAAAGAGGGCGACCAGGGCGAAGAGGAGGACGCGCCGCUUUCCUUCGGGGAUCGCGUGAGCGCCGCUAAGGCGAAGAAGAAAGGCGAGACCGAGCGGCGCGGUCCGAAGCGCAGUCCGGCGCGGCAGGGCGGGGGAGGCCGUCGCAGCGCAGACGAUGACGAAGGCGACGCGAAGGCGUCCGCGAGGCGCGACGGAAAGGAGGCGGGCCGCGGCGACAGAGACGCCUCAGGCGCGCUGCGGCCGUUCGGCGGCGAGGGCCCUUCGCUGGAAGAGAAGUGGCUGGCGAGAAGAAGAGAACGCGUGUCGGCGAAGCGCGCCGCCACAGGGGCGCCCGGGCCCUGCGAAGAGUCUGAGGAGGAGCGCACGCUCGCCCUCCUCGAAAGCGUCGUGGAGACCGACAAGCGUCUGUCAGAGAUCCUGCGGUCGGAGGUCGACGGCGACGCCGAGGAGAUCGAGGAGGUACGCGAGCUGCGCGUGUUGCUUGAGACCGAGCUGCUCGCCGAGAAGAAGGAGCUCGCCCGACAGAUUGACAGAAAACGCGACUUCGCGCUCCAGCUCGAAGACGAGAAGAUCAAGCUCGAGCAACUCAAGGAAGAAAGAAGAAAGAUUGAAUUCGAGAGGCUGGGCAUCGAGCGCGAUCUCGCGCACUACAUGGAGGAGCUCUUGUUUCUUCGCGGACAGGUCGACGACAUGCAGCGCGACAUCGACAGUCUGCACCAAACGAAUCAAACUCUCCUCGCGGCCCACCGCCAUCAGCAGAUUCAGGCCCAAAACCUGCACGCGACGCGGCUGCAAGCACAGGAGCAGCUGAAGAGCGAGCGCGAGGCACUGCAGAAGGAGGAACGCGAGAUCGCGGAGCUCAAGACGCUACUGAGCCGCAUGCGAAGAGAGAAGAGCGAGGCGCAGUCGCAAAACGCCGUCAUCCACGAGCGCAUUCGACAGGCGGAUCAAGACAAGUCGAUUCAGUUCGCGGCCAUCGACGCGACGCGCCUCCAAGCCGCCGCUGUGCGCGACGACCGGCUUCAGGUUCUUCAACAGAAACAGAAGAUUUUGGGGGAUCUGAAUCAAGUCGCUCAGCAAACGGUAUUUGGACUCCAGCGCCCCUCCGCGCGGACGGCCCUCCCCGGGUCGGCGCCGGUGGAGACUCGCGCGACGGUGCGGCGCGAUGCGAAGGGCGUCCCAGCGGGCGCCACAGCUUCGGGCGCCAACUUGCAAGUCCUCUCUUCGCGGCAGCCUGUCGAGUCUUCGCCUUCGCACUGGACUUUGUUUUCAUCGCUGCCGCCCCGCCCGCACGCGUCGUCGUCUGCGGUGCUGGGCACUCGCGGCCUCGAGGCCUUUUCUGACGAGAGGUCCACGGGUCGCCACUGGAGUCGGGUGUCUCCGGUCUCCGCCGAGGACGCGCGGCGGCGCUUCGCGGCCGUUGUCUCCACGCGCGAGGCCUACGAGCUCGGCGGCGACCGCGGCGGGGGCGGGCGCCUCGCGCGCGCCGCGAUGGGAGGCGGAGCCUUCAGCGAGUCUGCGUUCGCGCGAGACCUCGAGACGCGCGGCGUCGAGGCGCUCCUGGGCAUCGAGAGCGUCAAGUCUGACGGCGAGCGAAACUACUCGAGAACGAGCGACGGUGUCGAGCAGCGGCGCCACGGAGAACGUCACUUGGCGCUGCACCACCGGGAGUCGAGCCGCCUCUCGCGAAGAGGUUUCGACUCGGGCGCAGAGGAAGAUCGCCGCCGCACGGAGUUGUCGACUGAGAGCGACGGAGCAGUCCACUCCCGCGGCUUCCCUCCCCGCGACGACGCGCGAAGUCUCAGAGAGGGCAGGGCGGGGAACGAGGACCUGGGGCAGGGCCGCAGUGAGAAAAAAGAGGACAAGGACAAGGCGCGGACGGGCUCGUCCUCCAGUCGCCGGAGCAAGACCUCCAAGAAGAAAUCGGCUCAAGAGGCGCACGCGCUCGAGAACGGAAGUUUUAGCGCAGAUUUUUUGCGUGCGGACAGCACGGCGGCCUACAGGCGCCGAGGGCGGGACGAUGAAGGCAAGAAGGAGUUCGACGGCGAGAGCGUAGCCGGCGAAGAAGGGCUCCUUUCAGGCGUGGACACGCCGUCCUUCGGUGCGCGGUCAGCCAGCCUUCUAGGCGGCCCGGCCGCGGUUUCACUUUGA